AUGCCGGCCAAUCCACAUUAUGACUUCCUGAUCAAGCUAUUGCUCAUUGGUGAUUCGGGCGUUGGAAAGUCUUGCUUACUUUUGAGGUUCUGCGACGAUGCUUACACGCCCAGCUUUAUUACCACAAUUGGAAUUGAUUUCAAGAUCCGGACGAUUGAACUAGAUGGGAAGAGAAUAAAGUUACAAAUAUGGGAUACUGCUGGACAAGAAAGGUUCAGGACGAUUACUACGGCUUAUUAUCGGGGAGCGAUGGGGAUAUUACUCGUGUACGAUGUCACAGACGAGAAAUCUUUCGAAAAUAUUCGGAACUGGCAUUCAAACAUCGAUCAACAUGCUUCCGAGGGAGUCAACAAAAUCUUGAUCGGAAACAAAUCAGAUUCAGUAGACAAAAAGAUCAUUCAAGAAAAUCAAGGACGGGAAUUGGCAGCUGAAUUGGGGAUUUCGUUUAUGGAAACAUCCGCGAAAGCCAACACGAACGUCGAAGAAGCCUUUUUCUCACUUGCCCGUGAUAUUAAGACGCGGUUGAUCGAUAAUACCGAUGAGGGCACAGGCGGUGGAUCGGGGUCUUCUCAAGCAGGCCCAAAUGGCUCGAUUUCAGUCGCUCAACCUGGCUUUCAAAACUCGAAAGGAUGCUGCUGA